CUUUAAUGCCCGCGAUGUAUCGACCAGAAUUGAUGUGUCAGGAGUCGGGAUCCCAAUUUUUGUUGUGGUUCAUUUUAAAGCGGACGUGAACCCAGACUGCUGGGAUUCUGUUCUAUUUCCUGCAUUCUGGAAGUGGGUGCGGGCGAUCAACCUAUUCGCCAUGACGCUCAUGGAGUUGUUUGGACGUGAUGAUGUCGAUGCAACAGGUAGGCCUAUCGACAGGUCUGUCCAGAAAUGGAAUCUGGCAACGCAAAUAAUAUGCAUCACUACAAUGACAAUAUUCUUUGGAUUGCGCUCUUUCACACGGUUGGUUAUAAUGGAUGGCUACAGGAAAGAAGACUGGCCUUGCCUAGGUGCUUGGUUUCUUGGUGUUUGCUACUCGGUUAUCGCCCUGAUCAUGGGUCAUUUUGGAGGCGGAGUUCACUACGCUGAUGUGCCUAUAUCGCAUCGCAUACCAUUCGAAAAGACGGUGUAUGUCACGAUGGUUAUGUAUGGGCCGACCGCAUUUUUGACCAAGUUGUCCCUGCUCUGGAUUAUCGCACGAGUAUUCAGCCCCUAUCGCAAAACAGUUAUAUUUAUCUACGUAUUCCUGGCAAUUAUGCUCGCCUACUAUGUUCCGGCUGUCAUUGUCAAGAUCCGGAUUUGCGACCCUAUAUCAAAGUUCUGGGCCCCUGACACGCCGGGGACAUGCCUCGAUCAAACAUCGAUCAUCCUCGCCGAUGCGGUUGUCAGUGUUGUUAGCGAUAUGACUAUUCUCAUUCUUCCCUUGCCCUUGACAUUGGGUUUACAAUUGCCCUUCAAGAAAAAACUGAGGGUCAUUGGCAUUUUGGGAGCGGGUGGAUUAGCGUGUGCAUCGAGUGUUAUCCGUUUGGUCCUCAUUAUAUUGACGGGACAGUCGAAGGAUGCGACGCUAGCUUUUAUGCGCAUCAACAUGUUUGGAAACGCCGAGAUAGCGAUUGGGGUCAUCUGUACCUGCUUACCCGCCCUUUCAGCCCUCGCCUCUCACACCCACCGCGAGUACCUGAGCAAUAGAGACACGAGCCGUAAAAACACCAACAGCUCGCAAUACGAGUUGAGCAAAACCAAGAACAGCCGACCCAGUCGCACACCGAUGACCUUGACGGAAAUUGAAUCGGAUCAGGACAUCCUCAUCCCCAAUGCUCAAGAAGCGCCAAGGAUUGAGACGACGGUACGCGGCGACUCUGAGCAACGGAAGAAUCUAGAGCCUAUGGGUAUCAUGAGAACAGUGGAUGUGUCGACCACGGUGACGACGCGAUACAUUGAGAACGAAUGAUUGCCAAAAGCGUGCUGGUAUGACGGCGUUCUGGUAGCAUGGUUAUUUUCUGCUUCGGGGAACUUCCUGGACGGUUGGGCUGGGGUUCUAUUAACAUCGAUUUGUCCGUAUAGUGUAUAUACCAAUUAUGACAGUGAAAU